UUUCAGAACAAUACUGAAGUCUAUAUUGUCUGGGCUAUGCACUCAACUACGGAUGCCAAUACAGCGUCGGCAACUUUGAGCCCAAAGCACACUAUGAGGGGAAAAUCAGAAAAUGCGCGAAACCUGAUCGCUGAGGCCAUGGUUGCAGCGAUGACACCUACCACCACUACCAUGAUGAUGCCAUCCACAUCUGUUGUUUCUACGCCUCAACCAACAGGUAAUGACAGAUGUCAAUAUAAAUAAUAUAGUCCCGGAUUCUCAUUAACUUGAUUACUUCCCGCAAUUACUAGCAGUGGAACCUUGAUAUAACGAAGAGCCAAGGGUCGGGCAAAAUUUGUUCGCUAUACGGCGAGGUUUCGUUAUAUAGAGGUUCAUUUUCAUAUAUUUUACUAUUACUGAGGUAAAGAAAAUCGUUCGUUAUAUCGAGGACCUCGUUACAUAGAUUUUCGUUAUAUCGAGGUUCCACUCUAAUAACUUUUCAUCACUGGACAAUUGAAAAAUAAAAGCAAAAAUUGUUGAUCUUGUGAUCUGGACAUAUUGAUACUGAAAUUGAUUUUGUCUCGGGCAACGCUCCAGGGGACUAAAUAAAACUUUUAAUUAUUCAUUCAAAAUAUUUCUCCGUCUCUGAUUGGCUAAAAUCACACGCACAAUUCAUCAAAACCAGCUACUGUUGACCAAAUUUGGAAGAGUUUUGUCCUGUUGAACCGAUGACGUCAAAAGUGAAGCAAAGUUGCAGAUUAUUAAACCGUUAAACCGAGAAGACCUGGGGACGAGUUUGAAUUGUUUUCUAGCUAAGUGAUGGCGAAGCUAGUAAAGGCAGAAUAUUUUUCACGGCGAACUAUUAUCUGUAUGUUCUGAACAGAUUUUACGUCAUCAGUAUGGAAUUUCUGUCGCUGAGUCGCCGAGAUAUCCCUCCUCACGAAACGUCCCCCAGCGGCGAGGAGCGAAGAAAAACGUGUGUUUUCUCAGGCUACCUCAUCCAAUAAUUGUUAAACAUGUUUCUUGUCGAUCGUCGAAACUACGUGAGAGCCUAAAACAGGCUAUUAGAGUUAAUGUCGUGCAAGUCAAACCAUUAGUGCGUUAUUUUAGCAUUUUGGUGAAGAAAAAUGAUUCUAUUAUGUCUUUUUUUACCCUUAUUUCUUUGUUAAGGCACGACCGUCAGUGCCGGUGAUAAUUUUAUGCUGACUUGGAUAUACAGCAACAAAAAGUUGAUGUUCAUAGUGAAAUGCAAAACCACUGGUUGGUGUGCAGUCGCCUUUACAACAGGGGAUGGUAGCGGCAUGAGGGAUUACGACAUUGCCUUAGGCGGAGUCGUUUCCGGCAACAACUAUCUUGAUGUAAGUGGGAUGAAUUUCAUUCAGUAUAAAGAACUAUCUUAGAGCAUCUCACUGACGUCAGAUGGGCCAUUUCAUUGAAUAACUUUCCCAAAUUCACAUUAAUGGCUGAGCAAAUGCCUAUUACUAGUGGGUUGUACGGUAAUGAGAUCACCAUGGCGACGAUAAUAAGUGUGAUAUUAUGUUCGUAUUCGCCGAUAAUGAUGUAGAUGUCGCAUAUUUUUUGCCUGCAGCAGCAGCAAUUCUACCGCCAACUAACUUAGCCCUCUUGGUCCGCCACAGUACGCGAUGUACAGAAUCUUAAAAAUAUCCUAUGACAUAAAAAAAUGAAAACGUUGUUUUUAAAACACAAUCCCAGAACAAAAAAUAUAGGUUAGAUUAGGAAGGUGAACAAUCCAAUGAAAAUGGCGAAAAUAAAUGGAAAUACAGACACUGAGGCGAUCAUGGACAGUGUUCGAAUGUUCGCUGAAGGGAAAGACGUUAUGACCUCGGAAAUCGUGCGUAAAAGGCCAUUCAAGUACUUCUUCAUUNUUUUUACCCUUAUUUCUUUGUUAAGGCACGACCGUCAGUGCCGGUGAUAAUUUUAUGCUGACUUGGAUAUACAGCAACAAAAAGUUGAUGUUCAUAGUGAAAUGCAAAACCACUGGUUGGUGUGCAGUCGCCUUUACAACAGGGGAUGGUAGCGGCAUGAGGGAUUACGACAUUGCCUUAGGCGGAGUCGUUUCCGGCAACAACUAUCUUGAUGUAAGUGGGAUGAAUUUCAUUCAGUAUAAAGAACUAUCUUAGAGCAUCUCACUGACGUCAGAUGGGCCAUUUCAUUGAAUAACUUUCCCAAAUUCACAUUAAUGGCUGAGCAAAUGCCUAUUACUAGUGGGUUGUACGGUAAUGAGAUCACCAUGGCGACGAUAAUAAGUGUGAUAUUAUGUUCGUAUUCGCCGAUAAUGAUGUAGAUGUCGCAUAUUUUUUGCCUGCAGCAGCAGCAAUUCUACCGCCAACUAACUUAGCCCUCUUGGUCCGCCACAGUACGCGAUGUACAGAAUCUUAAAAAUAUCCUAUGACAUAAAAAAAUGAAAACGUUGUUUUUAAAACACAAUCCCAGAACAAAAAAUAUAGGUUAGAUUAGGAAGGUGAACAAUCCAAUGAAAAUGGCGAAAAUAAAUGGAAAUACAGACACUGAGGCGAUCAUGGACAGUGUUCGAAUGUUCGCUGAAGGGAAAGACGUUAUGACCUCGGAAAUCGUGCGUAAAAGGCCAUUCAAGUACUUCUUCAUUGAGUCAAUCAGAUCUCGGAAUUUUGCACAGAGCACGAAAUUGUAAUUUAAGAUUAUGAUAACCUAAAAAGUGACGGUCUGUGCUUUUAAAGAGAUUGACUUUUGUUUCUUUACCCGCAGGAUUACUGGAGCACCUCAACGGGAAAACCCUCAAAGGAUAGUGCAAAUAACUUUGUUCUUAUAACGGCGACGGAGGCUGGGGGAUAUACAACGGUGGUAUUUGAGAGAGAUCCUGAAACAAACGACACUGCUAACGAUGUUCAGUUUAAGGUAAACUCAUAACAUCCUUAAACGCAGCUAUAAAUUCGUGUACAAAAGUGCAAAAGUGAGCCGUCUUUGCGGGCGGGAAGGAGAGUGGUGCAACACCCUAAUGUCUGGUGUCCGUGUUAACGAAGAGAGGAAUAUACAGGACAAAAUAAGUAUAUUUACACUAAGCUCGUGAAUAUCGUGUACAGGCGGUUUCCUUGUGGAUCCACAGAUGCGCGGAAUUAAAUAAACAAGUCCAAAAGGCAAAGGGGCGUUUGUUUGUGACGGCCCCAAGUGAGAAUAAGCAUCCCAGUUUAACUUAGUCCUCGACUGUAUGGAGAAAAGUUAUCCCGGGAGAGAGGGUCACCUUCCCAGCCGAGUCAUCUUUAGCGCGGAGCAUUUAUCUGAGCGAACCAAGUGUUGACAACAGCGCUAGUGUAGCUCCGAUAGUCUCGCCUCGCCUUGACCGAAAUGACCCGACUUGGCGAGCCAACGUAAUUAUAUGACGCAAAUUUGGCCUGGCUAGGAGAGUGACCAUACCAUCGAAAUAUGUAACCUGGAUAGGCGUGUCAUCCUAACUGUCUAGCCAACUCUUUGAUUCUCGUUAACAGUUCGCGAAGUUCUUUAAGGUAAUGUAGGUUCACCCAGGAUACUAGCUCGGGUAGGCAGGUGACCCUUCUAUCCUGGACAAGUUUUCUCCAUAUAAACCGCCGCGUCUUAUGAACUUGCUGCUGUUUCAGAAGGUAAAAAACAACGUUAAAAUAGCAAACUAAUGAAAUCCUUUACAUAUUUCUUUAUGUAGCCUAGUACUGAAGUCAGGAUUGCGUGGGCCAUGCGCGGCACUUCGGAUGGAAAUGUAGAUAUUGCUGUGCACACCAACAGAGGAGUACUGCCAGACAUGUACACACUGGUUCCAGAAACAGGGAGUACCUCCACCUCCCCCACCACAGGUGCAGCAAGUGUG